UUGGGCGACAACACUUCUCCUUCUUUCCCUUCCUCUCUCUCCCUCCCAUCUUCAACUCUUCACCUCCUCCCCGCCCCCACCCGCCUCAUGUCCGACACGGCCCCCCCUGAAGGCACUGCGCUGCCUACUCUGUCUGCGCUAGACCCAGAUGCGCCCCCAUCCAGCGCUGGUCGCUCGUCGGUUGGGGCCUCCGGGCCCGACCCGCCGCCACAGGAGACGACGGCCAUCCCCGAAGAGAUCAGAGCUCGCCUGGACAAAGUGAUCUACUCAGAAUUACUGACAGAACGUGUCUCUACGCAGAUCGGCGUCUUCACCCUCCUGACUCGAUUGAAGCAAAGCGUAGCCUCCGCCAGAGAUUUCUCGACCUUUUUGAAGAAAAGAGGCGCGCUGGAGGACGAACAUGCUCAGGGGCUGAGGAAGCUGUCCCGCGCAAUCGGCGAUGCGGCCUCACGCAGCGAGAACCGCCAGGGCACAUACAGCUCCAGCUACAAGGACAUCCACCGACUGAAUGACCGAAUGGCCGAUCAUGGCCAGCAAUUCGCAGUGUCCCUGGCCAAGAUGGCCGACGACAUGGCCGAGCUCGCCACCAACGUCGAACGCGUCGUCGAUGCCGAAGCGCAUGCGGAGAAGGCUAAGGCCAAGUACGAUUCGUUCGCGGAGCAGUACGACCGUGUCCGCACGGGAGACAGGCAAGGAGGCAAAUUCGGACUCAAAGGGCACAAGUCUGCCGCUCAACACGAGGAGGAUUUGCUGCGCAAGGUCCAGAAUGCGGACAGCGACUAUUCGUCCAAGGUCCAGGCUGCUCAAGAAGCCCGUCGGGAACUGGUGGCUACGGGUCGACCGCAGGCCGCGCGCGCUAUCCUGCAACUGAUUGAAGAAUGCGAUUCGGGCCUGACUCUGCAGCAGCAAAAGUUUGCCGUUUUUAGUGAGAAGCUGCUACUGGGACAGGGUCUGUGUGUCAGCCCGCUGAGGACCAGCGAAACCAACGGGGCGCUGGCGCCAAAGAGUCUGUCCGAGGUGGUACGCCAGGUGGACAACGAGAAGGACCUCCACGAGUACAUUUUGAGCCACGAAGGAAACGCAGGCGCAGUCGCCUCGGAUGAAAUCAAAUAUGUGCGUCAUCCAACACUCGGUGGAUCAACAAGUACUGCGGCACCGUCGCAACCAAGCACCCAGCCCAAACCCCAGUCGACUCUGCCCCAGUCGACCCUCCCCCAGUCGACCCUCCCCCAGUCGACCCUACCCCAGUCGUUCUCCCAGCAAAACAUUGCGUCACCCGUCGCCCAACCCUCGCCAAGCGCUGGAGCGAAGCAAGCACCGUAUCCAACAGAAGCGGCACCGCCAUCUGGUCCUCCACCAGGUCAACCUCCUUAUCCUGUUUCAGGACCGCCGCCUUCUGAUGGGCCUCCACCACUGGGCCAAAUGCCGGGCCAUGUACCAAUGAUGAUGCCCCCGCCCAAGAGCAACCUGCCUCCGUUGAAACCAGUUUUUGGCGUAUCGCUUUACGACUUGUACACCCGUGAUGGAACCGCCGUGCCGAUGAUUGUGUACCAAUGUUUCCAGGCUAUCGAGCUAUUUGGAUUGGACGUGGAGGGUAUAUAUCGACUGUCGGGUAGCGCCAACCAUAUCAGCCACAUGAAGGCUGUUUUUGACAAUGACUCGUCGCAAGUCGACUUCACCAACCCGGAGAACUUCUACCACGACGUCAACAGCGUGGCAGGGCUCUUGAAGCAGUUCUUCCGGGAGCUGCCUGACCCUCUGUUCACAUCGCAGUACUACGCUGAUUUCGUCAAUGCUGCUCGCAUCGAUGAUGAUAUCCAGCGCCGAGACUCGCUGCACGCUUUGAUCAACAGUCUCCCCGAUGCGCAUUAUGCUACACUCCGCGCCAUCAUUCUGCACCUCAACAAAGUCCAAGAACAUUCCUCUCAGAACCGCAUGAACGCAGGGAACAUCGCCAUUUGUUUCGGACCAACCCUCAUGGGCGCCAAUUCCGGAGGCAACAUCGCCGACGCAGGCUGGCAAGUCCGCGUGAUCGAGACCAUCCUCGUAAAUACGUUCCAGAUCUUCGACGACGACUAG